CCCUGAUGCGAGAGAAGCAGGAGGACGCCGCUGAAGUGGCCGCGGCCGUGAUCACGUACUGCUUUUGCUCGGGCGGGAUGCUUGUCAUCAACAAGAUCGCCGUGUCGCACACGCCGUCGCCGGCGCUGGUCACGCUCUGCCAGUUCGCCUCGUGCACCGUGCUCGUGUACGGCGGCAAGCUUACCGGUCUGCUGAGGACGGACGACUUCGAGUGGAGGAAGGUCAAGUACUUUCUGAUCUACGUCCUGUCCUUCUCGAUCGGCACGUGGACAAACAUCAAAGUGCUGCAGGAUGCCAACGUCGAGACGGUCAUCGUGUUCCGCUCGUGCACGCCGCUCGCGGUCUCAGAUCACGAGAUCGCACGAGAUCGCACGAGAUCGCACGAGAUCACACGAGAUCGCCCGAGAUCACACGAGAUCGCCCGAGCAGGUCUGCAUCUUUGACCACUUCAUCUACCGGCGCGCCGUGCCGUCGGCCCGCUCCUGCGCCGCGCUGCUGCUGAUCACCGCCGGUGCAGUGGCGUACAUCGCCUGCGACCGCGAGUUCCGCGUCAAGGGUGUGCGCGCCUACUUUUGGGCGUCGGUCUGGUGGGCCGUGCUCGUCUUUCAGCUCACCUACGGAAAGUUCCUGGUGACGGGCAUCCCGCUCCGGUGGACGAGAUCGGACGAGAUCACACGAGAUCACACGAGAUCACACGAGAUUGCAUCCCGCUCCGGUGGACGAGAUCGGACGAGAUCGCACGAGAUCACACGAGAUCACACGAGAUUGCAUCCCGCUCCGGUGGACGAGAUCGGACGAGAUCGCACGAGAUCACCCGAGAUCACACGAGAUUGCAU